AUGUACAUCUCUAGCAUGCUAGCUCUAUCGCUUGCCAGUCUCGCGCUGGGCCACCCAUCAGUCCACUCCAACAAUGUCCAUGCAAGAGACGACUUGCCAUAUGGUGCAUUUCCAACGCCCUCGAGUACAGGAUCGGCAAACCCAUCUUAUACACCACCACCCCCACCUCCCAAGCCCCGGAAGCUGGGCCACGCAGUUGUGAACAACAAUUGUGACUUCACCGUUUAUCUUUGGUCUGUUGGUACAGAUGUAAAGCCAGUACAGAUACUGGACUCCGGGGACUCAUACGACGAGACGUUCCGCGAAGACCCCAAUACUGGCGGCAUUGCGAUCAAGCUCAGCACCGAUGUUGACGGAUUGUAUACCAGUGCCCCGCAGAUGGUGUUCGCAUACAAUCUCUCCUAUUUCAAAAAGCGAGGAGACAAUGGUGAGAAGGUCUGGUAUGACCUCUCUGACGUCUUUGGGGAUCCAUUCCAGGGAUAUCCAGUCACGCUUGCGCCGGCUGAACCCGCGAUCUCGUGGGAAGACGGCGUGCCGCCUGCUGGGAGCCAAGUCCGAGUGAUUGCUUCAUCGACGACACUGGUCUUGUCCCUGUGUUAA